AUGGUCAAGCGAAAAAUAAUUGUCGACUCCGACGAUGAGGAGGAGGGUGAACACGAUGAGCCCGAAAUCAAGCACCACAAGGGAGACGCCAAGGUUAUCCUCGAGUCGUCACCGCCAGCGAGAAUCGCAGAUACGUCGCUCUCCAGUGCAUCAUCCACAGAUAUUCUAAGCAAGGAGAUCGAGGCGGCGCAUAGACGCCUGGUAGAACCUACACCCGUCAAGCCUAUAGUCACCGGAAUGCCACAGGGUAUGUCACAAGCCUACGUUAGGGAUGCGUUCUCAGGUACUUCUAUAAAGAGUCAACAGGCACAGACUUCAAUGGAUGAACUGAAGUUAAGGAAUCGCUUCAGAGGAAGCAAUUCAAGAGAUGGCAGCGAGUCUCGCGACAAUGGGGAUGUUUUUGAUUUUCAUGGAAGUAGUGACGUUGAAAUCGACGCCGUACAACUCAAAGAUCGGAGGUGUACAGAUGAGAAACAAGCCAGCACCAACUGUGAGCGGGGGCAACACUCUCAGCAGCCUAAAAUGCUACCUCCAAAUUCUAAGGGCCUUCUACGGAACCAAUCUCAGCUCAGUGAGACAGCUACUAUACCUACAAUUGUAGAUACUUCGUCACCGGACGCCAAUGCUACACCUUCAAAGAUGACGCCAAGUAAUGUGGCGUGGACUCAAGCUUCAACUCAUCAGUCCGUAGAUACUGAUGGCAGAAUGCCGACUCCUACAAUGUCAUCGCACAGCCGCGGUACAGAAGGUACUUUGACUAGUACGCGAAGUAAUUGCAAAGUCAAUGAGCAUGAAUCCUUCGGUAGCGUGGGCGACAGGCCUCAACAUAAUGACACAAUUGAAGAGCUCGGCUCUGCCGCUUCAGUGGCCCCUCCGCGCAAUGUCAAGAGCAACGGUUUGGCUAUUGAAAGUCCACACGAGAAUGAUGGCGCCAGUAUCAGAACGGACAAUCCAUCCUUUCUUGCUUUGCAAACCGGAGAGUACACCAAAGUGCCGGUAAAGUUUCCGAACGAAGGUAGCCAGAGUGCACCCGAGAAUGAGCAACACUGCCUAUCUUCAGAACUCAAGUUCAAAGAACAACGAAAGUCUUCAAAGGAAAGGAAGCGAAAGCGCGAACUCGUGAACGAUGCUGACGAACUAGGCUCUGAUGAUGUUCACGUUGGCUUCCCUAAAGAACAAUAUCAGCCUCGUCCGAGUCGUUCGCGGGGAGGCCAGGAGAAUGAAGAGCUCAUGAUUCCGACGGACUUCUCAAAAAGGCCAGAAGCAAGUGCCAAAUCUAAAAGUAAAAGUAGACGAAGUAAAAGCGCUGUUUCCACUGAGCUGAUCCCUAAGGACCCGGACGAGGACAAAGAUGAAGAAUCUGCUCCACGGGACCCAAACGUCGAGGUCCCUGCCUUCGAUCAAGAAAAUGAUCAUUUGGAUGUUCUGGAAGGCCCAGAUGAUACUGACGCAACAGCAUUUACUGAUAGUUCAAAGACCUCACGUCAGGGACCAAAGGCCAACAAAAAGCGAGGAAGGCCGAAGAAAGCACCUGAUUGCAUUGCGAUUGAACACGAGCCGCCGAACAGCAUAGUUCUUGAGAAGACAGCAGAAGCCGUAACGCAAGUGGAGCAGGCUGAGAAACCGACCAAACGUGGGAGACCGAGCAAGAAAUCAAAAGCUACAGUAGACAAGGUAGCAGAACCUGAGAAAGCCGAGCAAGUCCAUGCCGAGAAGCCACGCCCAAACGAGACAGCUCCUGAAGAAACUUCCCACCAUUCUCCUACGCCUCAUUCUGUCGAGAAAUCACCUAGCGAAAACACAAAGCCAUUAACAAAGACGUCUCCACCAGAAACCCCAGCAAAAGCUUCUCGGGUGUCUCCACAGGGACCAGACAAGCAUAGCCCAAUCAAUACCGACCAGAAGGUGUACCGUGUCGGGCUCAGUAAAAGGGCCAGGAUAGAGCCUUUGCUAAGAAUUGUACGAAAGUAA